UACAUAGUUGGGUUAAAACCAAACUGGAACCUAUUAUGUACACGUAAAUUACAGCCAACUUACAGCGCAAAAAAGAGCCACGUGCAUCUCUUGUACGGUCUUCUUCAAAUCCGGAAAAACGCGUCCCUUCUCUCUCUCCAUCCCUCUUUACACCUCACUCCCUUCUCUCUCUUCUUUCCCCACAUCAAUGGCGUCACCGUCUUCUAUCUCUCCUUUCAUUCUCUUCCUUUCCCUCUUCUUCUUCACUCAUCUCUGCACAACCCAACUCACAGUUGAUGCUGCCAACAAAGAAUACCUAAAGCUCCCAUUGCUGCAUACCACCCCAUUCCCCUCUCCGACUCAAGCCCUGUCAUUAGAUACCCACCGUCUCUCUCACCUCUUUGCCUCCUCCCUCCACCGGAAAAAGGUCAAGUCCAGACCCCCACUGAGGUCACCUGUGGUUUCCGGCGCAUCAUUCGGCUCCGGCCAAUACUUCGCCGAUCUCCGUUUGGGCUCCCCGCCCCAGUCUCUCCUCCUCGUCGCCGACACCGGCAGCGAUCUUGUCUGGAUCAAGUGCUCCGCCUGCAGAAACUGCUCCCUCCAUGCCCCGGGCACUGCAUUCUUUGCUCGCCACUCCUCAACAUUCUCUCCCUUUCACUGCUACGACUCCGAGUGUCGACUCGUCCCUCACGCCAGUCGGGCCGAGCCCUGCAAACACACCCGCCUCCACACCCCCUGCCGCUACGAAUAUUCCUACGCUGACGGGUCCCUCACAACCGGAUUCUUCUCCAGAGAAACGACGAUGUUGAACACCAGCUCAGGCAGAGAAGCCAAACUGAAGAACCUUGCCUUCGGGUGCGGAUUUCGGAUCUCGGGUCCGAGUCUUUCGGGCGCCAGCUUUAAUGGGGCCCAGGGGGUCAUGGGCCUGGGUCGAGGAUCCAUUUCCUUCUCUUCCCAACUGGGUCGCCGAUUCGGGAACAAGUUCUCCUACUGUCUCAUGGACUACACACUAUCUCCACCGCCGACUAGCUAUCUCAUGAUCGGCGGCGCCGCAAAGGACGUUUCGAAGAAAUUGAGAAUGAAGUUCACUCCCUUGCUGGUCAACCCUCUGUCCCCGACAUUUUACUAUAUAAGAAUCAGAAGCGUCUUCGUCAACAAUAAGAAAUUACGGAUUGAUCCUUCUGUUUGGUCAAUCGACGAGUCGGGUAACGGCGGCACGAUCAUUGACUCGGGCACCACCUUGACGUUCUUAGCGGAGCCAGCUUACGGUCAAAUCCUGACAGCGUUUAGAAGGACAAUGAAGAUGCCAUUAUCCAGGGAGCUAACCCCGGGUUUCGACCUUUGCUUUAACGAAACGGGACUGUCGAGGCCGAGUUUUCCAAGGUUGAGAUUUGAGCUCGCCGGUGACUCGGUAUUCGCACCGCCUCCGACAAAUUACUUCAUCGAUACAGAAGCCGGAGUGAAGUGCCUAGCUAUUCAACCAGUUAACCAGGAGACUGGAUUCUCGGUAAUAGGAAAUCUGAUGCAACAAGGAUUUCUUUUGGAGUUCGAUAGGGACGGAUCGCGGCUCGGUUUUUCACGACGUGGCUGCAGCGUACCAUGAGACGAAGAGGUUUCUCAACUCAGUGAGUUGGUAGAUUGAAAAUUAUUUGGGUAAGCACCAAAUCCUGCUCAUUUCAUAUUUUUUUUUUUACUUUUACCGAAAAUUCAAUCUUUAUCUGAAAUUGAACAGAAAGCGAAAUUAAUUUUGGGCAUUGUCUGGAUUUGGUGAACAUAAAUUAACGAAUGGGGGAUUUUAUUUAUUUAAUUUUGGAUAUUUGGACUUUAUAUGGAGACUCGUCAAUUAAAAAAUUAAAAAAAAAAAAAAAAAAAAAGAAGAAAAGAAAAGAAACCAAAGUGAGAGAGAUGUUUUGUUG